AUGGCGCCAAUACCAGAUUCAAUCUCGUUGAGAUCUCUUUCUCGAGGAUCACGACAUUCCUACGCUGCAGUUAGCCCAAUUCACGAUGAAAUAUCUGAGAAUGACAAAAGUGGGACUGAAACCACAUGGAAUCCAGAUGAGGGUGACCAAGAGCCCCAAAAACAAACUCUUUCAGCUCCCCCGUCGGCAAGACUGCAUCGCUCCGGGUAUAUCCUAUUCACCGUGUUUUUGUACAUUGGCUUAGCAGUCUUCGCAUGGGUGGUGACCUGCUAUUUAUCAUUCCGUCCCAUCACCACCAAGCAUUACGAUUUGCAGGCCCUUGAUAACGGCAACUGGGCGCUGCCUGAUAGGAAUUACCAAAAUCCUCUUUUCGGUCGCAAUGAACAAUGGUAUCGCGCUGCUCGAAUUAUCCAGUCGGUGGUCGGUAUUUUAACAAUCCCCUUAACUUCCGCGGUCUGCUCCAGCGCAGCAGUCAUUUUCAUUCAACAAAGGGCCCACAAGGGUAUCACCGUUCGGCAAGUGAUGACACUGGCAGAUAAAGGCUGGGCCGACCUCGCAACCUACGCCAGAAUUCUUCCGUUCCUCACUACCGAUGAGUGGAAACGGUUUGGAAGUUCAUUCCUUCUGCUGGCUAUACUUCUGAAUCUCCUCGGUUCGGUGAUAUCGCCGCUACAGCAGCUGUUUCUCUCGACUCGCACUAUCAAAAUACCAACUUACCCCUCUUUUAUUACUGGUCAACUGGAUAUCCCAGAUCAGUUUCAAGGUGCCGCUGAUGGUGAUUCAAACCUUGUUGUGGCCAUGACACGCAGCGCUUUAACUUCAACGACAAUUUCAGAGGUCCAGUCCCAGCUCUGGCAGGGCGCCAACGUCACUUGCGUGCGCAAGUAUGGCUCAGAGGAAUUGCCACAGUCCUGCCGGUACGGCGGUAGUACUUUAGCAAACAUGUCCCAACUAGUUGAGCCAUUUCUGGCGGAGCUUCCGAGUGGCUAUAACACUGGACUUUAUCAGCAAUUUAUCCCUCGAUUCAAUUCGAGUGCCCAGUAUGACAAAAUCACCCACAGUGAAUUCCCCACCGGAUGCGAUAAGAUUGAUGGUGCCUUCUAUGUCGACUAUACGAACGUCACUACCGACCCCAACGGUCUCGAGUAUAUCUGGGGAAUUCAGGCGUGUAUGCCUCGGGACCUGACCACAUCGCCAUGGAAAUCGACGCGCGACCGACAAGACUUCACUGAGGAGCUUUAUUUAAAUGUGACAUUGAAUCAAUAUUAUACAAACAUCAAUCAGCAAGGCAGCACUUUCUAUAAAGUGACGCUCGACACAACUGCUGGUUAUUUUGAGCUACCGAACUAUAUGAAUAGCGAAAUUGCUGGGCCCUUGCUGGAAAAGGAUCCCAAUGGUCUUUGCGGAGAAUAUUGUGAACCUGAGACGAUUAACGGCGAUGAGGAGCACAAGAUCGGAGACAAGCGGCGCGAUCUCAACUUUGCGGAGGAUCAAACUCUGCCACUUGAAGUGGUUGCCAACAAAGGUCCUUUACUAACAAUAGCUAUGGCGCUAUUCGGUGACACAUCUUUUAUUCAAAGUCGUCAGGCAUAUCCCCAAGCUUACGCUUCCGUCAUUGAUUUCAAUGUACCCGUGGAGCAGGUUCCUGCCUAUGCAGGGUCUUGUGUCGACCUGGCUCCCCUAGCUAUUCUUCUCGCCGGAAUCAGCGGCGAGUAUGCGGGUACCAAUGGCAUCGAUUAUUGCAUCAGCAAUACAGACGGAGGCGUGAACGGCACCGACGUCAACACGGAGGUCGCCUGGUGGAUCUCUAAUUUCAACUACGAAGAAGAACGUGUCAGGAAUGCCUUUAACGCUGCCGCGUUCUUGGCAAACAGAGCCUGGAUGCAGAACAGCGUCACCCCAGCAGCAAAGUCAUUGACAGUGAAUUUCGACCUUGGCGCGGAUACACAAAUUCCCGUCAUUUCCAGAGGUGGCAUGAUAUUUGUUUCUAUCCUCCUUGGACUGUACACUUUGAUGCUCAUCCCGCUUGCCAUCUACGCCACCUGGACGCCUCGUUGGACUGAACAGCUUGACUCGUUUGCCAUGAUGAGAAUCGGCGCCACCAUUGCUGGAAAGCUGCCUUUGACUGUUGGUCAGAACAAUAACACGAUUAAGUCCCUGGACGAGAUUCCCGGGUGGAUUGGCGAUAUAUCCGGGGGGAAGGAACCGCUCGGGAGAUUAGGGCUUGGUGCUGGGAGGCCUCUAGCUUCACGGGCGAAUCGGCGGUUUGAAUGUGAAGAGGAAGAUAACGAGGAUAUCACAGCCGAAGAAAAGAUCGCGGCCCGGAGGAGGCUGGAAAAGGAGAGCGAGAAGAGUACCAGAGUUGAUCACGGAGAGGAGGCGCAGUGGGCCAUGUCCAAUACCCGAUAG